CUCUCAGCCACACAGGAAGCUGAGCUGGCCGGGGCCUAGCCCUGCGCCAGCACAGGCCCCCAGGACCCCUGGGGAAAGGGCCCUGCCGGCGGCCCUGCAGGACCAUGGGAUCCAUAGCUGAAGGGAGUCCCCCUGCCAUGUUUGACUGGUUCUUCGAAGCAGCCUGCCCAGCCUCCCUGCAGGAGGAUCCUCUCAUUCUGAUGCAGUUCCCCCCGGACUUCAGGGACCAGGUAUGCAGGCUGGCUCCUUGUCCCCCCACCCCCACCCCGGCCAGGAGGAACCUAACGGAGUUGGUGGUGGCGUUGACCGACGAGAACAUCGUGGGGCUGUUCGCGGCGCUCCUGGCAGAACGAAGAGUCCUGCUCACCGCUAGCAAGCUCAGCACCCUGACCUCGUGCGUCCACGCGUCCUGCGCCCUCCUGUACCCUAUGCGCUGGGAGCACGUGCUGAUCCCCACGCUGCCUCCGCACCUGCUGGACUAUUGCUGCGCGCCCAUGCCCUACCUCAUUGGGGUUCACGCCAGUCUCGCGGAGAGAGUGCGUGAUAAAGCCCUGGAGGACGUCGUGGUAAUGAACGUGGACUCCAACACCUUGGAGACGCCCUUCGACGACGUGCAGGCACUACCCCCGGAAGUGGUGUCCCUGCUGAGGCUGCAGCUCAGGAAGGUCGCCCUGGUUCCCGGGGAAGGGGUGUCCCGUCUCUUCCUCAAAGCCCAAGCCCUGCUUUUCGGCGGGUACCGUGACGCGCUAGUCUGCAGCCCGGUGAGCAGCAGAGACCCGGGGGGAGAGAUGUGGGUCUGCCCUGACCCUCUCCCCCACUCCCAGUUCAUCGAAGGCCGGCUGGAGAAGCUCAACUCGGGGGAUGGCUUCUCAGAUCUCUUUGAGCAGGAAAUCACUUGCAGCGAGGCGUCCUCAGGCGCCCUCCGCUCCUACCAGCUCUGGGCAGACAACCUGAAGAAAGGCGGUGGUGCCCUCCUGCACUCGGUCAAGGCUAAGACCCAACCAGCCGUGAAGAACAUGUACCGCUCGGCCAAGAGUGGCUUGAAGGGGAUGCAGAGCCUUCUGAUGUACAAGGAUGGGGACUCUGGCCUGCAAAGGGGCGGCUCGCUGAGGACCCUGCCUCUCGUCAGCCGCUCAGAUCGUCUGCAACAGCGCCUGCCAAUCACACAGCACUUUGGAAAGAACCGGCCCCUUCGCCCUAGCAAGAGACUCCGGCAAGAAGAAGGACCUUCUGACCCCCCGACCUUGGAUGCCUCAGGCUGCUCAAAGAACUCCAACUCCCAGCUUCCCCCAGAGGCCAGCCAAGACAUCAUUCCUCCAUCCCAGCCUUUAACCACCUCUGCAGACCCCAGCAGCAGAGGGGACUCCGAAUCCUCUCCUCUCACCGAGCCCAAUCCCCUAAUCCUACACCUCUCCCCUCCCGACAAGGCAGUGGAAGAAUCUAGAGUCCAGGAGAGCCCCUGCUCCUGGCUUUCCAUCACGCCCACCCAGCCCAACCCUCCAGAAAGCCCCCCAUCUCUGCCCCUCUCAGAGUCCAGCCUUGAUACUGCUUGCACGUCCCAGCCUCCAGGUGUUUCCUCGGGUCCCAGUUCCCCAGCGACGCCCAGAGCCCAGCCUUCCCAGGAGCUGCUAGCCGAGCAGGCUCACCUCCAGCCCUUCAAAGAGCUGGGAGCCCCUAGACACCCUGCUGUGCCCACCAGCGACUGGCCAGAGCCCAAGGCCAGAAGCCGACCUCGAGUUGCUGAGCUUAAGAAGUGUUUUGAGAGUUAAAGUUCAGGGAUCUGGAAGAGACCCCACCCCCUCAAUAAA